AUGGUUUACACAAAGUUCAAGGCAUUGAAAGGAGCUAAUAGUUUGAGAACAUUCUUAGCAGUUGCUUUUGAGCAGAACAGUUGGCAAAAAUUCCACUUAUCGAAUAAAGUUCUGGCCGACUUACUUCCUGAGUUACCAUUAUUAAGGGUCUUAAGUUUGAGUCAACUUAGCAUAAGUGAGGUACCAGAGUUCAUUAGCAUUCUGAAGCACUUGCGGUAUCUUAAUUUUUCUAGAACUAAAAUUACACAUUUGCCUGAUAAUGUCUGUGACCUUUAUAAUUUACAAACGUUGAUAAUUUCUGGUUGUGAGAGUUUGGAAAAGUUGCCUGAGAGCUUCACAAAGCUUAAGAAUUUGCGGCAUUUUGACAUGAGGGAUACUCCACUUUUGAAGAAGAUGCCAUUAGGGAUUGGUGAGUUGAAAAGCCUACGGACUCUCUCUAAGAUCGUUAUUGGAGGAGACAAUGGCUUUUCAAUAACCAGGCUUAAAGAUCUAAAGGAUCUCCAAGGUAAAAUUUCCUUUCAAGGGCUUGACAAAGUGCAAAGCCGAAUGCAGGCACAGGAAGUGAAGUUAUCCCACAGGAGGCUAAGUGAGUUAGAGGUGGAAUGGAGUGAUGUAUUUGAUAAUUCUCGAAAGGAAGUAGUUGAACAGGAGGUCCUGAAUGCGAUGAAGCCUCAUAACGAAAAUCUAAAAAGCCUCGGAAUUGUGUCAUAUGGAGGUACAGAGUUUCCGAGUUGGGUUGGGGAUCCCUCAUUUCAUCGGUUGGCUAAAGUGACAUUAAAAGGUUGUAAAAAGUGUACAUCUCUACCGUUACUUGGGCAGUUACCAUUACUUAAGAAGUUGUUUAUUGAAGGCAUGGAUGAGGUGAAAGUUGUGGGUUUGGAGUUUCUUAGGACUACUGGUCUUGCAUUCCCAUCACUUGAGAUUCUACGUUUUGAAGAUAUGAAAGGGUGGGAGGCAUGGUCAACCAAUAAUAAUGGGGUACUUGUCGAUACAACAUUUCCAUGCCUUCAAGAGCUUGAUAUUAAAGGUUGUCCUAAUUUGGUUAAAGUCUCAGUUGAAGCACUGCCUUCACUCAGGUCUCUGAUAAUAAGUGGGUGUGACCAUGAAGUGUUAAGAAGUCUGGUCUGUGUAGCUUCACCAGUCACGAAGUUGGAGAUAAGUUGUAUUUCAGGACUUAAUGAUCAGGUGUGGGGAGGUGUUAUAGAGUAUCUUUGGGCGGUUGAAGAAAUAAGUAUCUUUGAGUGUAACGAAAUAAGAUACUUGUGGGAAUCAGAAGCAGAGGCAAGUAAGGUUCUUGUGAAUUGA